GGGUUGGAGAGAGGAGCCAAAAAUCAGUUUUCCACUUUCAGCAAUUUCAUCACAACUAUCAACCAAAAGAAAGAAGGCAUCGGAAACAGAAAUUCGCCUACGCAACUUGUUAUACCCAACAUCAAAACCGUGAGAGACCUACCCCCUAUUUGCCUCGAUGUGCGGCAGAAGCAGCGCAUGUCUAUAGACACACUACCCCAAGAACUGAAAGCACCACUUCCUCCUGAGCCUUCCCUUCCCAUUCGAACCAAAACUGUGAAAGAUUUUCAGGAGGAUGUGGAAAAGUCUAAGGCAUCAGGAGACUGGAAAGCUGUACAUGAUUUUUAUUCUACAACAUUUGAUUCUUUCCUGGAGAUAAAUGCUGCAUUUAAGAAAGAUACCAAUUCUCCAUUUAAUACUAUUGAGGACUCUGGAAUUGAUGACCAAUUUGUGAAUGUUGUCUAUGAUGCCUUAUUAAAUACUCCUCAAGAUGUUCAGAAGUCAGUCCUGAAAGGAAUAAUUAAUGGUUUGCUACAAGAAUGGACAGGGCCACGAACAAAAGAUGAUCUUAGAGCAUACUGUAUACUACUACAGAAUCCUCAAUUUAGUAACACUUCUACUUAUGUCAUCUAUGCUCACUUGCUAAGACAGAUCGCAGCCUUAACAGAAGCUGACCAUCAUUUCCUAACACACUGGUCUAAAAA